AUGUUUGAAAUCGGGGAUUCUCAAGAGACUGUAAAUGUAAGUAUUACGAAGAAGUUUGCUAUUGGGUUUGCAAGUUUUGAAACCCUUAAAGAUAGUGUAAAACAAGGGCCUCAAGAAUCCCUUGAAGAGAGUAUUCGUCAAGAAAAAGCAGAAGGAACAUCUGAAAGCGGUACAAUAUAUAAACAAAAUGUAGAAGCUUCUGAGAGAAGUAUAAAACAAGAGCCUCAGCGAAGUAUGAAAGAAGAAACACCACAGCGAAGUCUUCUGGGGAGUAUCAAACAACAAAUACACGAACGGAUGCCCACAGGAAGUAUCAGACAAGAAAUAUCUCAACAGAACUUUAGGAAGAGUAUUGCACAAGUAAUUUCAGAACGAAACCUUGCCGGGAGUAUCGAAAAAGAAAUUCCCUUACGAAGCCUUGCGGGGAGUGUAAGACAGGAAAUACCUCAACAAAGUCUUAGGGAGAGUAUUAAACAAAGAGAAUCUCACGGAAUGUUUGCAGGAAGUAUGAAGCAAGGGAUCAGCACUUCUGGCGGACUUCAAGGAACUUCAGAAUUAAGUAUAAAUCAAGAGAAGCUUCAACAAACUCCUGCUGGAAGUAUCAAACGCGAGAAGAUUCAAGUAACUCUUGAAGGGAGUAUAAAACUAGCACAAUCACAAAGAGGAAGUCUAAGACAAGCAACAAUUCAAGCAAGUGCUGAAGGAAGUAUAAAAGAAGAGAAAUCUCAACGUAUCACUAUGGGAUUAGCAAAAUCAGCAGGAGCUCAAAAAACCCCUGGAGGUAGCAUAAAACAGAAAAAACUUGAACGAAGCAUUGCCGGGAGCAUAAAACCAGAAAAGUCUAGAAUAAUUUCUCAAGAAGGUUUGAAACAAGGCAGGUUUCAAGACUUACCUCAUGUCAGUGUAAAAGAAGAAAAUAGUCAACGACUCCUUGCGGGUAGUAUAACCCAGUCCCAAGAAUUGGAAGAAAGUGUAUUUCCUCAAGAACAAUCUAAACAAUCCGAUGAAGCUCAGGAGCAGACCAAAGAAUCGCUAAUGGAUGUAGAAGAAUCGUACGGAGAAGUAGACGAAAGAUUCGAAGAAAUGCAAAACAUACAUGAGAAAAGCGAGGAAAAGUUUGAUGAAAUGCUACAGAUUUCUGAUGAAUCCCUCAAAGUCUUUAAAAAAUCAAAAUCUGAAGAAGUUGUUUUUGAACUGCUCCCAUCUCCUGAUGACACGAGUGGCGAACAUUCUGGAGAGGCAUCGUCUUCUACAAUGGCUGAAGAACACAUCUCGGAAGAGUCAAAGAUUACCAAAUCUUCAAAAUAUUCGAAAAGUUCAAAACCUUCCAAGGCGACAAUAUAUUCAAGGCCUUCACGGAAAACCCACACAUCGGAGAAAAGCCGUCUAAGCAGUAAACCAGAUGACGAAUAUUGGAUAUACGAAGAUGAUUUUCCACAAUUUGCCAUUGAAGGAGCCCCCGAGGAAACAUUAGGUCUAGACGAAGCGUCUAGUGCGCGCGGAAGUAUUCUCACGGAAGACAAGUCGUCAGUACAGUUUGAUAGAUCUUCUGGACCCUCGAUAUCAUUUGAAGAGAAAUUCAGUCGGGAGAAGCUUCUGGAAGCAAUUCACGAAAUGUUCGCUAUUCGUCAGAAAGAAGAAAGAAAAAAUUUCCUUCUAAACAAGAAAGUUGUUGAGUAUUUUCGAAGAAAGAAGUCAUCGCGAGCUUUGCAUGAAGAUAAUGUCGAGAUUGUGUAUGAGUUCAUAAAUAAGUAUCGCAACUUAUUAUUGAAGCUAGAUCUAUUGAAAGGACAAGAGGAAGCACUAAAAAAGGAAAGUGAACAAAAGCUAAGUGAACUAAGGCAGGAGCAUGAAAGUCUUUUUCAGGAAACGAACAAGAGCAUAACUGAAUUUAAUAAAUUGCUGAGGGAUGUCGGUAUAACAUGUCAAAGUUCUAAGACCGGACUUCUGCUUUCUGAAAAGGUUGUAGAAAAAUAUGUUCGGAAGAUGAAUUUACUUCGAGAUCAAAUUUCCUUAGUUCGCUUAGAACUAUUGAAAACCCAAGAUAGGAUGACAUUGGUUUUAUUGAAAACUAGGCAGCUUGAAGAUCUGGGAGACGGCCUAAAAGUUAUAAAUUUCGAACAAUUGAGAGCUGAAACCCAAAGUCUCAGCGAUAAAAUCGAAGAGCGUAAUAACGAGCUAUCUAAGCUUCGACGACGUUGCAACUCAGAUAUUCAUAUUCUGGCCCAUGUUCGUGAAAAGCAAUUCAUGCUGACAAAUACUAUUUUGGUACAAGAGGGUGUAUUGCGCGAUCUUCAAAGUGAAGAAAAUUCCUGUCGUAACUAUCUGAACUAUAUUAAAUUGGAGCGAGACUUGUUACGGAAGAAGCUAAAGGAGAUGAGUUUCGACUGCGGUCUUCUAGACAAACCAGCUUUACUGCGUGAUUACGACCGUACUAUUGAAAAAAUUGCCAAGGCUAAGCUCGCAAUCGGGAAAUUGAAAGAAGAGAAAGAGGAAAUCUUGGAAGAACUAAGGGCGGCAGCAGUACGAGCAGAAUCUAAGUUGGUCAUCAAAUCUGAUACACAAAAAUUCGAUGAAGCCUUGAACCGGGAAUUGGCUAAUCUAGAUAAACUUCCAUAUCCUAGAAUCAGAGGUAAUGUGAAACCAGCUCGAAGUUUUGACCUGUCUCGAUAUCGAGUCAAAUGGAAAAAUUAACAAAAAAACGCCCAUUUAGAAUUCAUCUUGAUGAACUUUUUAUUUUGAUAUUAUCUUCUGUUAUUGUUACAUUUAAUAUACUUUUUGGAUAUAUUGUCGAAUAAAAUCGUUUGGGAUAGUUUUAGA